AGAGAGAGAGAGAGAGAGGGAAAGAGUGAGAGACGGGGGGAUUGGGCAAGUGAAAGAGGGCGGCGGAAAAGCUUCGUUUAUUAUUAUUUCCUAUUAAAUAUCAUAUUCAUCAGAGAAAACGCAAAUGCUUCAUCUCUCGAGUCAACCGCCCGCACUGUGUUUCUCUCUCUUCCUCACUUUGGCUGCUUUCCCUUUCAGUCCAGGCCCCAAGCCCUCGUACUCUCUCUCUACAGCUCCAAAUCACACCGUUUCUCUCUCUAAAACUUCGAAUCACUCAAUUGACAGCAAGAAGGCCUCCGUCGCUGCAAGCGCCAUGGAGCCCCCUGUUGCCAAGAAAAUUAGGCGUGAGAUGGAGAUGUUUGGCGAUGUUAGGAUUGACAAUUACUACUGGCUUCGUGAUGAUUCUCGCUCUAACCCUGAAGUUCUUUCCUAUCUCAACCAGGAAAACUCUUACACUGAGUCUGUAAUGUCCGAAAUCAAACCAUUACAAGAUAAGAUAUACACCGAGGUGAGAGGGAGAAUAAAAGAAGAUGAUAUUACUGUUCCUUCACGCAAAGGACCUUACUUCUAUUACGAUAGGACUUUGGAGGGAAAGGAGUAUGUUCAGCAUUGUAGACGUCAUAUUCCUGAGGGCGAGGGACCCGGCUCUGUGCAUGAAGUAAUGCCAACAGGACCUGAUGCUCCUGAGGAGGAAAUUAUUUUAGAUGAAAAUGUUAGGUCUCAAGGACAUGAAUAUUACAGACUUGAGGCAUUUAAAAUUAGCUCGAAUAACAAGUUGAUGGCAUAUGCAGAAGACACAAAAGGAGAUGAAAUCUAUACAGUCAGUAUCGCGGAUAUCGAGACUCAAAGUCCCAUUGAGAAGCCCCUAACAGGCGUAACAGAGGCAAUUGAGUGGGCCGGUGAUGAGGCUCUUGUCUAUGUCACUAUGGAUGAGAUCCACAGACCAGACAAGGUAUGGUUACACAAGAUAGGGUCUAAUCAAUCAGAAGAUUGCUGCCUCUAUCAUGAAAAGGAUGAUUUGUUCUCCCUUGAUCUUCAAGCCUCUGAAAGCAAACGAUACUUGUUUGUUGCAUCCGAAAGUAAAACCACAUGCUUUGUUUUUUACUUGGACAUUUCAAACCAAGAGCAAGGGCUUGUCGUUUUAACACCUCGUGUUGAAGGAGUUGAUACUGAUGUAAGUCAUCGAGGUGGUCAUUUCUUUAUUAAAAGGAGAAGUGAUGAAGUGUUCAAUUCAGAAUUGCUUGUAUGUACUCUGGACAAUUUAACUGCUACCACUGUGUUGCUUCCUCAUAGGGAAAGUGUGAAACUAGAUGAUAUGCAACUUUUUAGUGAUCAUCUUGUUGUCUAUGAGCGUGAAAAUGGUUUGUGUAAAGUAACAGUCUAUGGCCUUCCUCCUGAGGGGCAAAAGAUUGUAGGCCUUCAAACUGGGAGAGCAAUCAACUUCAUUGAUCCUGCAUAUUCCGUGGGCCAGAUAAAAUCUCAAUUUUCUUCACAUAUUUUGAGAUUUGGUUAUAGCUCAUUGAGGACACCUUAUUCUGUCUAUGACCAUGACAUGAACACAAACACCACAGUUCUGAAGAAGGUUAAUUCGGUUUUGGGAGGUUUUGAUGCGAAGCACUAUGUAACUGAGAGGAAAUGGGCAGUUGCUGAGGAUGGAACACAAGUACCUAUUUCAAUAGUUUAUAGAAAGAACCUGGUUAAGCUGGAUGGGAGUGAUCCAAUGGUUCUUUAUGGUUAUGGCUCAUACGAGGCCUGCGUGGAUCCUUCUUUCAGUGCAUCAAGAUUGUCUUUGCUGGAUCGGGGCUUUGUAUAUGCAAAAGCACAUAUUCGAGGAGGAGGAGAAAUGGGGAGGAAGUGGUAUGAAAAUGGAAAACUCUUGAAGAAGAAAAACACUUUCACUGAUUUUAUUGCAUGUGCAGAGUACUUAAUAAAGAUCAGAUACUGUUCAAAAGAAAAGCUGUGCAUUGAUGGGAGGAGUGCUGGAGGGCUGCUUAUUGGCUCUGUUCUAAAUAUGCGACCUGAUUUGUUCAAGGCCGCAAUGGCUGGAGUUCCAUUUGUUGACGUAGUGACUACAAUGUUGGAUCCAACCAUCCCUUUGACCACAUCUGAAUGGGAGGAAUGGGGUGACCCUCGGAAGGAGGAAUUUUAUUUCUAUAUGAAGUCUUACUCUCCAGUGGACAAUAUUAAACCACAAGCUUACCCUAACAUUCUCGUCACAGCUGGUCUAAAUGACCCACGGGUUUUGUAUUCUGAACCCGCUAAGUUCGUGGCGAAGCUGAGGGACUUAAAGACGGACAAAAACUUUCUGCUGUUUAAGUGUGAAAUGGGUGCAGGGCACUUCUCAAAAUCUGGAAGAUUUGAAAGGUUGGAGGAAGAUGCCUUCCAAUAUGCAUUUAUUCUCAAGGCAUUGGAAAUGGUUCCACCCAAUGGUUCUCUCAUUUAAAUACGCACCCUUUUUCAUGUUUAAGAAACAAUAAUGAUUAUUCGUUCCAUUUUAAAGUUGAGAAGGCCUAUUUAUUCCAGUGGAACAUUUAUAAUAUGGCCUUGCAAGGGCAUUCAUAUGAAAUUCAUAUCAUGUUUCCUUGAGCAAUUAGAUUUUGGCUUUGUUGUAGUACAUUAAAUAUCCAUGCCUAAGGCAUAUUAUAAAUAGGAAAAGUAUGCAAUAAAACCAUGUAUUUUGGUGCAAA